AUGGUCGCAUGUUGUCAUCUCAGAUCUACGCUGGCUGGUGCUGGUCGUCUCGGCACCGACAGCAAUCGCAAGAGGCGGGCCUCCAUUGCCGAGCGCUGGGGUGCGUUACCUGCACUGGAGAAAGCCAAGUGGCAGGCCAAGGCACACGAGAUCGAGCAAAGACGACGUGCGGUGGCAACAACUUCAUUCUCCGACUCCAGCGUGGCAGAGACGUCAAACUUGGCUAGCAGCCAGCUCAAGCGACUUUACUCGCAGCGUUUGGGGAAGACGGUGAAGGAGCUGGCUGAGCAGGACGUGUGGACAUGUGGGCUCGGGCUGCAGAAUCAUCAUUCGCCGCUGCGUCCGGAGCUAGUGCGGGAUCUCGAUAGAGCAGGGCUGGCAGAAUGCUGCCGAGAGACUUUUGGGUACGAUGCGGAGAUGUUGCGGAAUCCGCCGGGCAAACUGCCGACGUUCUGCCGCAGCUGUCUAUGGGCCCACGGUGGCAUCUGCGAAAAGCAAGCUUGCUUUGCCGAGGUGGGGCGGCUCGUGCAUCAGCUCGAUACCGGGUUGCAGAGCAAACACGUGGCCACGAGUCUGCUGGUUCUGAAGCUGCGGGAGGAGAACACGGAGCACACACAGUGGUUUUUCCUGGGAUGUGUUUGCAGACGACCACUCCUGCACGUGCUUGCGCGGCUUUGGCCACGAGCUCCUGGACGGUUGGCUAUAUCGAUGACAGGCGCUGUGCCAGCAUUGUUGACAUCGCAUCAGAUGUUCCUGUCGAUCAUCCGCUUCUACCUGUCCCAGUAUGACGAGUUCGAGUCAGACUUGCCUCCGGCAGCUGACAUGGAGUUUACCGAGGCUUUGAAAGCAGAGGCUGCAGCAUUCAAGGAUGCAGAAGCAGCCCCUGCCUCCGCGUCAUCUGCUUCCGCGUCAUCUGCUGGCGCGAAACCUGCUGAGGGCCAGGCUGUUGAGCAGGAUAGCAAGUCUUCCAAUGCUGGCAGUGCUGCUGCUUCUGCUGCUAGGGUUGCCGGCUCGACGGGUGUCGUCUUUCAGCGCACCCUGGGACUUCUGGAUAUAGGACCCAGCCCACGGAAGGGACUCACGUGCAUGAGUUGCGGUGGCAAGAUUGACAAAGGGGGUUUGAAGUUCAGCUUCGCAUACCGCUACAACAAGCCUCCUCGAUCAAUUCACGUGGCAUGUGUGCCACUGAUACAAAAGGAUUUGAUUCGGCCGUGCAUUGAUUCUUUGCAUCGACUUUUGAAGAAGCCGGAUGUUCAGCAAUCUGAGUUGCUGGAGCCUGCUUGUAAACAAGCUUUACAAUUUCUCGAGGGGUAG